AUGGAUUCAGGCAAGCAGAACGAUACGUUCUCGCCCAACAACCCGUUCAACGACAUCGCCCCUGGCGACAGCAGCAGCCAGCCAGCUGCCUACUCCAGCCCAGGCAUGGCCCCUGGCUACCCAGCGGCAUCGACUCCGGGGACCGACAAUCUGGCGCACGCGCAGGCGCGCUUUGGCGAACCUGCAGCUAAACAGCGGGGCGGCGACACCGCCGCCUGGCUCGCAGGCUCGGCUGGAUAUGGCGCGGGGUACGGCGUGACCAGCGGAGGUCAGCAUGCAGGCAUUGUUUCCAGCGGCUCGCCGCAAAUGACUGCAGCGCCAGCGCAUCCGCCGGCCUCUAGCGGCGCCGGGCUCCAGCUCCACCAGCUCCAGCUCCUGUAUAUUCCAGCGGGGCAGGCUCCACCGCCGAUGCCGUUCCGUCCGACACAGACGGCGAGCAGCCCGGUGGCGGCUCAGAGGCCGCUGCAGCUGCCGGCGUUGGUGGGCCCGAUGCUGCAGUUUGUGGAUAUAGAUUUGACCAGUCGCGCAGUGGAAGGGGUCGGUCAUGGUGAUGACGAACGAGUCGCUGCUGCCACACACGGUGAACCCGCCGGCAAUGUCCUGGCAAGCACAUCGUCGUCAGCAGGGCCGGCGGCGUCGGCAGGCCCCAACAUGCACAUUCCCGUGAUUGAAGUGUGGGAUGACAACGUGCAUGGGCCGGGGACGGGCAAGCCGAAGAGUUUCCAGGCAGUGGCACUGUAUACGGAGCCGACGUUCAAGUACACGUUCUGGCGGGCGGAUAUUACGAUUCCGCUGCAUGUGACCGAGGAGCGCUCAGUCAAGUACCAAGUAAAGUGGGGCGCCGACGAGUACUCGGUGCAGUCGCCGUCCGCCAAGCCCACAUACGAGUUCCGGGUAGCUGCGCAGUCGGUUCCCGAGAACAUCCGGUACUCGAUGCGUGGGUCAGGGCCGGUGAUCACCGACUUGGCCGGGAAGCACCGCGACAACCCGUUUUUGGUGUGGGUGGGUACAGGCGGGCAGUUUGACGGCGACAACGUGUGGGAUGACUGCGCGUACGUCCUGGCGCCGUUCAUCCAGCCCGGUGGCAACGACCGGUCGAGAGUGCAGCGGUGGUAUCUUUUGGCGUACCUGCGGCAGUGGUUCGGGGUGGACUUGCGGGAGCAGUCUGAGCUGCAGGGGCAGCAGGAGUUUGCGCGGCUGCUUUCGAUCGAUUCCGCGCUGCAGCAGUCGGCGGUGAUGCAGGGGGCCACUACGACUGCGGGGCUGGCGCACAGCGGGCACGGGUUCUACGGCGACGGGUACCAUUCGCUGAAGAGGCUGGGGCCGUUCACAGCCCUGCUGUCGCUGGACACGCGCACAGGACGCACAGUUCCGGGGAUCAUCGACCGCAGCGACUACGACACGCUGUUCCACGCAAUCCACAACACGUUGCCAGAGACCGUGUGCAAUUUGAUUCAAGUGCUGCGCGGGGCGAACUCUGCAGGGCUGUCGACGCUUCUGUCGAUGGUCGGAGGCAAGCAUAGCGGGCGCAGCGAGAUGCUGGGCAAAGGCCGGUUCGGGGAGUCGCAGACCGGCGUGCGGUUCAACGAGUUCUGGGCGAGCCAGCCACACAGCACCGAGCGGCAGUUCCUGGUCAACAGCCUGCAGGAGUUUGCGCGCAGCAAGUCGUGCCGGGUGACGUUUGUUUCGGGGCACGUCAACUGCCUGUCGUCGGGCCAUUUCUACUCGUUCAAGGACAGCCGGUAUGACCCGCGGCGGUUCCCCGAGCAGCGCGGGUUCCUGUCGGACUACCGGUCGAUGAUCCAGAUCACGGUGUCCGGCUUGGUGCAGGCGCCGGUGGAUUACCUGGCGCACAAGGCGUACAGUAUGGCCAGCCGCGAGAAGCCGUUUGAUGGGCAUACGGGCGAGAGCCUGUACAAGACGUUCGAGCAGGAUGUCAACGGCACGGUGCCGCCGUCGACCAAGAUCCUUGCGAGACGCGGAUACAUUGCGGGCAUUGAGAGCGUCAUGGACAACAACGGCAAGCGCGACCCGGGGCUAAUCUUCUUCGUGUAUGCAGAGCACGAGAACUCGGUGGGCACCGGCUCGUAUAUGAUCAACGUGCCGCCACUGAACUACACCCCGCCGCUCAGCCCGAACCAGGCGCCACCGCAGCCGCAGUAUGCGCAGCAGGGACAGCCGCAGCCGCUGCGUCAAGCCAUGUCGUACCGCGACCACAGUGCCCCUGGCGGAUCUCAGGCAGCCGGUGGAUCCCAAAUGGCCGCCCAGCCAGUGCAGACCCAGCCAGCACAGGCGGCAGCCAAUGCCGACCAGUACGACUAUGACAUUCCGGGCUACACCGAUGCAGGUGCACCACCGCCGCCGUAUUCGGCGCUUGCGACGCAGCCGCAGGCGGGCGACGGGCUGCCUGCCAGGAGCUCGGGCAGCUACUCGUCGUCGUACGAGCACACGGCGGCGUGGGUGCAGCAGCAGGCGGGGUCAGUGGGCAGCGCAUCGCCACAUGCCAACAACUCGGAUGCUGCGGGGCCGACGUCAGCUGUGGUGUCUAACCCGUAUGUGCAGCAGCCUGUGACUAGCCAGCCAGCGGCCAGCCAGCAAUCCCCGUACGGUAAGCAGCCAGUGUCGAGCCAGCAGCAAUCCCCAUAUGGCCAGCAACCAGCAACUAGCCAGCAACAGUCUCCGUAUGGCCAGCAACCAGCAACUAGCCAGCAGCAGUCUCCGUAUGGCCAGCAGCCAGGCAACUAGCCAGCAACAGUCUCCGUAUGGCCAGCAGGGCCAGCCGCCGUACG